AACUUUUGAGAUUGAGUUAAGUUCUCCUCCUACCGCUUACCCCCUAGUGCUUCGAAAGCCAUAGCGUCGCGAAUACUUCAUCAAUCAACGUGAUUCAAAUUAGGAACGGUAGAUGACAUUAAGAGCUACAACAUAUCCGAGUUUCGCGACAUUCCAACGGCUAGUUUUGCGUCGACGUCGUUUCUUGUGAAGACGACUUUUCUGUCCAGAAUUUUCGGAUUUAUAUUUUGAGGAAUUGUAGCUCCUAAACACACCUAGACUCCGUCCUUAAUCCUAACAAGUGGUAUCAGAGCUAGAUUGAGGACAUUGAGAGGAGACUACAGAAGUGUGAAGACCCUUCUAGACCCACCAUGGCCUGUGGGUGUGUCUAAGUGGUGUUCUAAAGGUUGGAUGUGUCUUCCGCUAAGGGGAAACUCUGCCGAAAUUUCGUGGACGCCGACACUUGUGAAAAUAUCGAGGGAGCUGAGUGUGGACAGCAAAGGGGAGCUGAAAUUCGUCAUUUCUCAAGGAGAAGAUGAAUGAGAGGGGAGGAGAUGCUAAUGGAAGAGGAGCUGUACCUGAGAAGACAAGUGAGCCGCCGCCAUCAAAAGUUGAAGCUUUGGAUGGCUCCAACUAUGAGGAAUGGAGCGGGCGGAUGAGGAGUGCCUUCAAACGCUACAAGCUACUGAAGAUUGCUAUUGGGGAGGAGAAGAUGCCGGAAGAAGGCGAAGCACGUGAACGGUGGAUUGAGAAAAACGCGGUGCUUUUCGACCUCAUCCUUCAAUCGGUCAACAAGGAGAUGUUCGAGCACAUCAAGCAUCUUGUGGAAGCGGAUGAUUCGGGUCCAAGGGCAUGGAAACUACUACGUGAUGUGAUUCAGCCCAACACUCUUCCGGUGGUGAUCGUGCUCGAAAAGGAACUUGCUGCCAUCUCCAUGCGACCAGGGGACGAUGUGAAGCCGGUCCUUGACAAGAUCAAGGACACCUAUGCAAGGAUGGCAGCAGCGGGCAGCAGUGUAUCUCAGCGGCAGCAGUGCACCAAAAUCAUCUCGGUGUUGGACAACUCUUGGGACAACCUCAUCCGCACCCUCAACUCUCAGCAAGAUCAAUGGACAUCUGAGUGGCUAAGGCAGCAGAUUCUGCAGGAGGACUUCCGCAGACGCCAUGUGGGAGGUGGUGCUUCCACUAAGACUGCUGAGGGGUAUGGAGCUGCAGGGCGUGGCAGAGGAAGAGGGGGUUGGAGAGGCCGAGGCCAUGGGAGGAGCUUUGGCAGAGGUAGAGGCCGAGGUGACUAUAAUGAGGGGCAUGGGAGCUCCAGUGGCAGGGGGAGUACCAGAAUGGAGGGCACCUGCUGGUACUGUAAGAAGGUCGGGCAUCCUUGGUUCAAGUGCUUCAACAGGCCGGAGGGAUGGGCACCUCCAGGCAUGAAGCCGCCAAGUGGUGAACGUGCACAAGGUGGCGCUGUGCAAGGCUCAGGUGCACAAGGUGAAGGUGCACAGGGUAAUACCUAUCCUGGGAUGUUUCUCAUGGUUGAGGAUGUGCAUGGGCAUGAGGGUGAUGUGGGAUCUGUGGGAAAGGUUGUGAUGCACCCUCUCACACACUGGGUGAUUGAUUCAGGUUGCACCAGUCACAUGACCCCACGGGCAGAUUUGCUUGAUGAGGUAAAAUCCCCUGGGAAGAUUAAGUAUGUGGCAGCAGCGUCAGGUGCUUUGCUCCCUGUGAUUGGUGUUGGAAAUGCCAAGGUUAAGGGAGCUAAUGGGGAGCUUGUGGGGCUUGGGAAUGUUCUGCUGGUUGAAGUUUUGCCGCCUCAUGGUGAGGCCAACCCCCGGCUCGCACAGCCGGGGGUCAUUCCCUCGCGGCACAAGCUGGCCGGUCUCAUCAUGCGGCAGACGGCGCAAUGCAAGGUGUUGGUGAAGGCAGAGAUGGCAGCUGACAAGGGGGUGAGCGUGAUCUCGUACACGACGGGCAUCUGGUUGUCGGAGAAUGACAUCAGUUUCAUGGGCAUCAAGACGCUUUACAUUGACGCCCAGUGGACGCUGAGGCAGGCGACGUUGGACUUCAGGCCUCUCUCCGCUGGGCACACAGCGAGGCCUCACAGUCAUCCUCGAGGAGGUGAUUGAGGAUUGAGGGCUUGCCGGGCGGUGUAUGGCGCUCACCACCGUCAAAUGGUGGCAUUCGGUCUGCUCAAGGCAGGCGACCAGGGAGGCGGGGCGAGGCGAACAACCCCUCAGUUCGGCGAGGCCGCCCACGUCCGGGGUGUAACAAUAGGGAGCAGGCCGAAUUGGACAAGGCAGUCACUGACGCUGAGUGGGCGCUCCUUGGGGAGUUGAUGGCGUUCAUGGCGCCAUUCAUCAACGUGACAUUGGCCGCCGAAGGGUCGGUAUACCUCACAGUGGCACGUGUGGUGCUGCUGUGUUACUAGACUACCUGGAGAGGAAGCUGUCAGCGGUGAAGGAGGGGUCAGUGACGGCACAUUGUGUGUCCAAGCCGCUAGACAAGAUGCUCACUUAUUUUUAUUCCAGCAGAGAUGACCUCAAUGUGGCAACUUUUCUGGACUCUGCCUUGAAGAGGGUGUGGUUUGAGCGGCCGAUGGUGGCAGGCACCAAGGGGGUGGUGGAGGAGCUGGAUGCCGGCAAGGUGGAGGAAUUGGUUCGUGAGAGGUGGGAGAAGUACAAGAAGAAGGUGGAUGAUGUGGCGGCAGAGAGGAGGGGGGCGUUGGUGGGAGAGGGGGGCAACAACGCGAAUGGAGGGGAAGAGAUGGAGUCAGAGGGGGAGGAGGAUGAGGACUUGGGUGUGUUCACUCACCUCGCAUCGGUGCGGGCCUCACAGAUCUCAUUAAUGCAUAAUGAGAUCCAGUAGUACCUGGCGCUCCCCUCUGGCGGAACUGCACGACUGCCCCUUGAAGUUCUGGAAGGUCCACACGGAGCUUCCAGCACUGCAGCUCAUGGCUCGGGAUUACCUCGCCAUCUCGUCCACCUCCACACCUUGCGAGCGCCUAUUCUCACAAGGUCGCAGCCAAAUCCACUGGCAGCGCUACCGCUUGGGGCCAGAGCAAAUCCAUGCUUGUACAGUAUGAUGCUGAAGUCAUGGAUUGCAACCCACCCAAGGCAGCGGCUUGAUGGCCCGCAGGCGGCGGCAGAUGGAGAGACAGCCGACGAUGCGUGGAAGCUGGGCCUUGAGAUCGGUCCGGGGUUGUGAGAGCAUGCUCAGGGGUUUGUGUUGGCUAGGAAAUUGACUUGUAGUGACAUUGUGCUACACCGAUGACUAUGC